UUGAUAAUCAAGACUACAAAACCGGAUAUCCGAAUAUUAGGAAACAGUAUGGCGGCAAAUAAGGAAGCCAUAGCCCUUGUGGUUGAUGUUAGUAGUUCUAUGGAUGUAGCACCACAUGGUCAGACAACAGCUCUUCAACAUGCUCUUGAUGCUAUCACUCUUAUCCUGCAGAGAAAGAUGUUCUCAGAAUCUAAGGAUGAAGUUGCCUUGAUUUUAUUUGGUACAGCAGACACAGAUAAUCCUCUAGCAGAUGGAGAAAAUUACCAGAAUAUCGUGAUCGGUCGAUCGUUAGGAGUACCAGAUUUUGAUUUGUUUGAACUUGUACAAAAUAAUGUACAAGCUUCAGAUAAUCAAGCAGAUUUUAUUGAUGCUAUGGUUGUAGCAAUGGACCAUCUAGUACAGUCUACAGUUGGUAAAAAGGGAUUUGCAACAAAAAGAUUGAUUUUAUUGUCGAACUUCUGUCAACCCUUCGCUGAUGAUCAGCUUGAUACUAUAGUUAAAGGUUUACAGAAAUCAGGAACAGAACUUAAUGUAAUUGGUCCAAAAUUAAACGAUGAUGACGAUGAUGAUGAUGAUGACCACGAUGCUCCACCCACUAUUGAUAAUAAUUUUGGUAAAGAGAAAUCGCCGCAACAGAGAGCAGGAGAAGCCAUGAUUAAACAUAUAUUAUCAGAAGUCAAUGGUGAUAGUUAUUCUUUCAUGGAGGCGUUGCCAGCUUUAAGUUAUUUCCAGGCUAGACAAGUAAGGCAGACAGCAUGGAAAGUACAGUUAGAAAUAGCAGAUUUAAAAAUACCAGUCUGUGGUUAUACAAAGAUUAAAGAGUUUAAGUUAAAACAGAGCUAUAAAAAAGUUUAUGCUAAAGACAUAGACAGUCCAGUGGGUAAUUUACGCACGUAUCAUAAAAAUGACGAAGAAGAAACAGAAGUGGAACCGGAAGAUAUGGUUAAUGGAUUUCGCUAUGGUACCACACUAGUCCCUAUGUCUGCUGAUGACAAGGAGAAUAUGAAGUAUAAAGCUGAGAAAUGUCUUAAAAUAUUAGGUUUUACGAAAGCAGAAAAUAUUAAACGUCACCACUAUCUCGGUGAUGGAACACUGGUUUUUGUAGCAGAGAAGGGAGACGAGGCUGCUGCUGUGGCGUUAUCCGCUUUAAUCAAUGCUUUAUAUGAAACUAAUUCUGUUAUGAUAGCCAGGAGAGUUUAUGCUGCUAAUAGUGCUCCAAGACUCGGUUGUUUAAUGCCUGUUAUAAAAGCUGAUUACGAGUGUUUAUAUUGGAUAGAGUUACCGUUUAGGGAAGAUAUACGAAUGUUUACAUUUGGUUCUUUACCAUUAACAGACGACGCUGUUACCAAUAAAAAGUUUAAACCUACAGGUGAACAGUUGCAGGUCAUGGAUGAUCUAAUUACGGCUAUGGAUCUGUCAAAAAAGGAAGAUGAUGAUAAUAGUGAAGAGAUUUUAAAACCUAAGUACACUUUCAAUCCUUAUUUUCAACGUCUUUAUCAGUGCCUGUUACAUAGGGCCUUGAAACCAGACGAAGGCCUUCCUGAGUUAUCUCCUCUCAUAGCAUCCUAUUUAAAACGGCCAGAAGAGAUAGAGAGACGAAGUGAAAAGAUACUAGAUAAUAUUAGUGAAGUAUUUAAAUUAGAAGUUGUGGCCAAAAAGAAAGAGGAUCAAUCAGGAGAGGCAUUAUUUAGUGAAAAAGGUGAAGGUGACGGACCCGCUGUAAAGAAACAGAAAUUAGAUGAUGAUUUAGAAGGUGGUAUGGAGAAUAUAGCUAGAGCUAGAAUAACGGAGGUAGGAACGGUAUCACCUAUAGAAGAUUUUCAAACUCUUUUAUCGGAUAAAGAUGAAGACUUGUUUGAUAAAGCUUGUGGUCAAAUGGAGAAGAGAAUAGAACAAAUUGUAAUGGAUUCAUUUGGAACUCAGUUUUAUGGGAAGGCGAGUGAUUGUGUUAAAGCAUAUAGAGCUGAAUGUAUUAAAAAAUCCAAACCAGAGACAUAUAAUAAUUUCAUUAAAGAUUUUAAAGACAUAUUAAUCAGUAAAGGAAAGAGAGAUUUCUGGGAUCAAAUUGUUAUAGAUAAACAAGGUUUAAUAUCUAAGAUGGAAUGUGAAUCUAGUAAAAUCUCAAAAGCAGACGCAAACGCCUUCAUGACAGACGUUAAAGUUGAAGAAGAAACAAAAAUGGAACCAGAAGAUGAUGCAGAUGAUUUGUUGGAUAUGAUGUGAGAGGAACAAAAGGGGAGUAACUCUACAGUAAAGGCAGCAACAUUCCUACCACUCCCACCAGCCCAAUUUUACAAUUGUUUUUCACAGAAUAAAUAUCAUUUCACUGUAUCUACUUCUAAAAAUAGACUUAUUGAUAGUGUAACUAGUGAAUAUCUUAAUUAUACUGAACAUAGGCUGCCUGUCUACAAUUAGCUCCGCUUGAGAACAGACACUAAGCUAGUUGACCGACAUUUUAAGUCAUAAAUCGACGAUUUUAGUCGAAAUCACUAAGUAUACUUUGAGAAUUUUGUUAAGUAUUUACUCUACGUCCAUUUAAUAAAAUUUAAAAAGUUUA